AGAAAAAAUGCUUUUAUAAAAUAAACGCACGUCUUCUAUAAUUAAACACAACCUCCCCAAAAAUGGGUGAUCCAUUUCUCUGCCUCCUCAAAACUCACUGCUUCACUUUCUCUUCCUUCUCUCACGUUCCAUCUUCAACCUCCCGACCUUUCCUUCACAACAACCCCAGACCCCGCUCUCCGCUUCGAUUCCCCAAGCCUCGCCCUGAAACGACGACGCUUCUUCCCCAUUCUUCGUCAUCGUCACAAUUCCAACUCAUUUCCACUACCGAGUGCUCGGACGGCAGCGUCGUCUUCCGAUUCGGCGACGAGAGCGAGAAGGCUGCUUUUGAUGAUGAGGUUAGAAAGCGUGCGGAGGCGGAAUUGAGUGGAGGAUUGGAUGGGGAGAGCAAUGUGGAAGGAUCGGAAGUUGAUGCUUCUCCGGCGAGUUCACCGGAGGAGAAGAAUGCCGUCCUUGAUUUGACUACAGUAGUGUUAGGUGGCAGCUCCCCUUCCACAAAUUCUCAAAAUGUCUUAACAGAGGGUGAGUCUCAUAGUGAGAUUGUUUCAGGAGUAUCAGAUACUAGGAAAUUGGAAGUCCAGACACUUGAACGCUCAGAGGGGUAUCUUUCUACAGUUUCAGUAGAUGGAUUGAUAGAGGGCGAAGUACAUAGAAUAGAUUUCACAGGAACAUCAACUCCUAUGCCGGUGGAAAUGCAUACAUCUGAAGUCUCUGAGGAGUAUCCUUCUACAAAGUCAGAAGAUGAAUUGACUGGGGGUAAAGAAGAUAGAACAGAUGUCAUAGGAGCAUCAAUUCCUAUGCUUUUGGAAUUGCAUGGAUAUGAAGGUUCUGAUGGCUAUCCCUCUACAAAGUUAGAAGGUGAAUUAACAGAGGAUAAAGGAGAUGACGUCACAGGAGUUGAUACGCCUGUGGAAUUGGAUACAUCUGAAAGCUCUAAAGGGUAUCCAUCUACAAGAUCAGAAGAUGAAAUUACUGAGGACAAAGAACAUAAGAGAACACAUGUAACAAGAGCAUCAACUCCUAUGCCAGUGGAAUUGCAUACAGUUGAAGGCUCUCAGGGGUAUUCUUCUACAAAGUCAGAAAACGAAUCGACACAGGGAAAAGAAGAUAAAACACAUGUCACUGCAGCGUCAACUACUAGGACAAUUGAAUUGCAUUCUGUUGAUGGCUCUGAGGGAUAUCACUCCACAAAGUCAGAAGAAUCAAAACUCUCUUUAAUGACAGAGGCUGAUUUGAUUGGGGAUCAUGAAUUUACAGAGGGGAAAGCCGAUCAAAGAGAUUUAUCAGAAGCAUUAAUUGAUAAAACAGAGGAACUGCAAAAUGUUGAAGUGGGUGAGGAGAAUGCUUCCUUGAAUUCGGUGAAUAAAUUUGCAAAUGAUAAAGCACAAACAAGAGAAGCUUCAGUAGAAUUGAAUCCUAGGAUUGUGGAAUUACAUUCAGUCGAAGGUGCUAAGGAGUAUCCUAUAAGAAAGUCAGAAGAUAAAUCCACAGAGGGUCAAGAACAAAGAGAUGUUUCAAGAGCAUCACAUCCUGGAACAGUGGAAUUGGAUACAGUUGAAAGCGCCAAGAGGUAUGCUCCCACUAAGUCAGAAGAUAAGUUUGCUGAGCGCAAACUAGAUAGAAUAAAUGCCGCAACUUCCAGGACAGUAGAGUUGCACACAGUGGAACAUACUGAGGAUAUCUCUUCAAAAGAAUCAGAAGAUGAAGUUACAGAGGGUAGAGCACAUAGAAGAAAUGGUUUGGGAGCAUCAACUCCUAUGGUAGUGGAAUUGCAGACAGGUGAAGCCAUGGAAGGGGAGGAAAUCUCUGCACCAUUACUUCUAUUAUCGACUGGUGCUGCAUCAUUACCGCAUCCCUCAAAGGCAUUGACAGGUGGGGAGGAUGCUUACUUUGUUUCUUUCAGAAACUGGCUAGGUGUGGCUGAUGGAGUUAGUCAAUGGUCACUGGAAGGGAUUAAUCGGGGGCUCUAUGCCCAUGAACUCAUGGAGAACUGUGAAAAGUUUUUAUCUGAUUGUAAAGGUAUACCAUUGAGGAGACCAGAAGACGUCCUUGUUAGAGGUGCUGCCCAAACAAAUUCUCCUGGUUCAUCUACAGCUUUAGUCGCUUACUUUGAUGGUCAGGCCUUCCACGUGGCAAACAUUGGGAACUCGGGGUUUAUCAUAAUCAGAAAUGGUGCCGUUUUUAAGAGAUCAUCUCCAUUGAUUCAUGGCUUCAAUUUUCCAUUACAAAUUGUAAGAGGAGUUGAUCCCAAAGAACUAAUAGAGAGAUACAGUAUAGAUUUGGAUGAGGGAGAUGUCAUUGUUACUGCAACGGAUGGCCUUUUUGACAACUUGUAUGAGCAAGAGAUCACUUCAAUUGUAAUCAAGUCACUUCAAAGCAGAAUGAAACUUAAGGAUAUUGCUAAGUUCUUGGCCACUAGCGCACAAGAGGUGGGGCAAUCUACUACUAGAAGAAGCCCCUUCGCAGAUGCAGUUGAGACAUCUGGGUAUGUUGGAUAUACCGGUGGAAAGCUGGAUGAUGUGACUGUAAUUGUGUCGCAUGUACAGAAGAAAUGCAGCUGUUACUCACAGUAGGUAAUGGUAUAAUCUCUUUAUUUGUAUCAUUCGAUUUAGUCCGAAAGUACAAAUUGCGGAAGUAUAUAUCGAUAUGUAUAUUUAAAAUAAUUUUAAAAAAAAACAAAAUCCAGGCUAUCGGAUUAGUGUUAAUAUGAUCAAUCGAAGUAUACUUAGUAAAG